AUGGCCUGCUGCAUGAUGUACCGCGGCGAUGUCGUGCCCAAGGAUGUGAACGCCGCUGUCGCCACCAUCAAGACCAAGCGCACCAUCCAGUUCGUGGACUGGUGCCCCACCGGCUUCAAGUGCGGCAUCAAUUACCAGCCACCGACCGUGGUGCCCGGCGGUGACCUGGCCAAGGUCAUGCGUGCCUGCUGCAUGAUUUCGAACAGCACGGCCAUUGCCGAAGUCUUCUCCCGCAUCGACCACAAGUUCGAUCUCAUGUACUCCAAGCGGGCCUUUGUCCACCACUAUGUUGGAGAAGGCAUGGAGGAGGGCGAGUUCUCAGAGGCGCGAGAGGACCUGGCAGCCCUGGAGAAG